CACAUUUCACUCACAAUCAGUCUUCAAUUCAAUCUGUUCAAUUUGGUUGCAAGCAAAAGCACAACGUAGCACAUCGUAAUUAUCAAGAUUAAUUUACUCACCCUGGUGAAAGUUUUUUAUUUAAUUUCCUGUUGUAGUCUGUCUGUGUUCUUAAAAAUUCAAAUAUCUCGUCAAAACAGAUAUGUCUCGCUACAGAGAAUGGGACCUUUCUUGCAAGGUUUACGUAGGAAACCUUGGCACCAAUGCAUCAAAAUAUGAAAUUGAGAAAAUUUUCUCUAAGUACGGUAAUAUAAGAAACGUGUGGGUGGCGCGGAAUCCGCCUGGCUUCGCAUUCGUCGAGUUUGAAGACCCCCGGGACGCUGAAGAUUCUGUACGAGGGCUGGAUGGCACACGUUGCUGUGGUACUCGCAUUCGUGUGGAGAUGUCAAAUGGUCGUACAAGAAGAGAUAGAAGGUCCAUUUUAUCAACAAACCACCAACACACCGACCUCACCACAUCUCUUCACCACAACUACGGCUCGUUAACCAAUAAGACAUCCGCGAACGCCGCUUGCAACAACAUCUCGCUCAACUUCAGCGAUCGGCUCUCCAAACUACUACGCGCAGCUGAAGCCUCCAACAACUGCAGGGAUGCUGGUGGGUUUAGGGCUCAUGUGCUCGCGUGUAUGUCCGUAGAUCGCGUAGCCGCAGCCCGAGGCGUCGCUCAUACUCGCGCGGACGGUCGCUGUCGCCGCGCCGCUCGCCGUCGGUGCGCCGCCGGUCUCCAUCUGUACGUCGCUCCCGUUCACGCGAUCGACGAAGUCGCUCUGACAGCAAGAGCAGGGCUGUGCUCCAGCUUGCUAUGCGGGCGCACCAAAGAGUUGGAGCUGGGCAGCGCAGGAGGCGUGGGGUCUUCCCUCGCGCUGGCCCUGGUGCGCCCCCCCUUCGCGACCGCCGACGGGCCCUGCCAGCUCAAACUGAUAGCCCCUGAUGCCGCCGCCUUCGCUGUCAGACUUAUAGAUGUUAAGGAGUCCCUCUCGGAAUGGGAGCGUGGUUUCGGCGACGUGCAGGCGCCCGCGCCGAUGGCGGGCGCGCCGGGCCGCAAGUGGAGCGCUCGGACGGCGGCGCACGCGCAAAACACCGCCACGGACCAAGCUGCGCCGCUUAACAACAGCAGCGACGCCUGCAAACUGCUCAUCGUAAGAACCUUCUUUCUUCAAAAUAUUAUUAGACGCAUGCGCAAGACACCGCCACAGCCCUAUACGCGCCGCUCAAUAACAGCAGCGAUGCCUGUAAACUCCUCAUCGUAA